AUCGGCGGCAUUACACGAAAGUGAACAGAAGUACAUGCGCGCAAACCGACCGCACUGCACAGAACCGCUACCUGCUGUAUGCAAAUUGUCAGAUCGAUUUUACAGCAUUUAAUUCCUACGAAAACACAAAUAAAAAUACGAAAAAGGCAAUCAAUUGAAAAAGAGACAGCGCGACAAUGAAGGCUUGUAACAAACAGAUGUCUGGAAAGUGUACCACAGGAUGCAGCCAUGGUAGUGCCAGUUUCAAGGCUGAUGAUACUGUGAUAGAGCUGGCAACAGUGUCCAAGCCUAAACCAGAUCCUUCUAAUUUAGUAUUUGGAACCGUAUUCACAGACCAUAUGCUGACAAUUGAAUGGUCAGCAAAGGAAGGUUGGAAGGCACCAUUCAUUGGACCAUUUGAGAACCUUUCCAUUCAUCCAGCUUCAUCAUCUCUUCACUAUGCCGUGGAAUUAUUUGAAGGAAUGAAGGCUUACCGUGGUGAAGAUAACAUAAUUCGCCUCUUUCGUCCAGAUUUAAAUAUGCACCGAAUGCUAAGGUCUGCCUGUAGAGUCUGUCUGCCGAGUUUUGAUAAACAGGAGUUACUGAACUGCAUCAAAAAACUGGUUAACAUAGAUCAGGAAUGGGUACCUUAUUCUAGUUCAGCCAGCCUCUACAUUCGACCUACCUUUGUUGGUACUGAGCCUUCCUUGGGUGUUAAGAGGCCUUCCAAGGCACUGCUGUUUGUAAUCCUCAGUCCUGUGGGGCCUUAUUUUUCAAGUGGGAGCUUUAAUCAAGUGUCACUAUGGGCUGAUCCAAAAUACAUCCGGGCCUGGAAAGGUGGAACUGGAGACUGCAAAAUGGGAGGAAAUUACGGUGCAUCAUUAUAUGCUCAAUACGAGGCCACUGAAAGAGGAUGUCAACAAGUACUUUGGCUCUAUGGUGAAGAACACCAAAUAACAGAAGUUGGAACUAUGAACCUGUUCCUCUAUUGGAUAAAUGAAGAAGGAGAGGAAGAACUAGCAACACCUCCACUGGAUGGUAUUAUUCUUCCUGGUGUUACUAGACACAGUAUUCUAGAUCUGACAAGGAAAUGGGGAGAGUUCAAAGUAUCUGAAAAAUAUUUGACUAUGGGACAACUUACAGCUGCUCUGAAUGACAAUCGAGUCAGAGAGAUGUUUGGAGCAGGAACAGCCUGUGUGGUGUGUCCGGUGGGCCGUAUACUGUACGAAGAAAAGAAUUUGAAUAUUCCGACAAUGGAAAAUGGACCGAAGCUUGCAACACGGCUGCUAAAGGAACUUACAGAUAUCCAGUACGGCAGAGUGAAGUCUGACUGGACUGAAACAGUGUAGUAAAGAUGAAGAUGAAGAGUCCUCUUCAAGAAAUGAGAGAUCUCUCUGCUUAAUUGAUAUCACAAGACAAGUCAGUAGCUUUAAUCACUUAGGUGUUUGUGGUGCUUUCCAGAAACAGUACAUAGAAAUAUGUAGUUUUAUUGAUGUGUAAUUUUUAAUCUUCAAAAUGAGUACAAUCUGUCUUUUCCUCACAAUAAUAGUGACAAUUUGUGUGGGUGCAGUUACUGUGUUGUGAAGGCCAUAUGCAAUUAUUUAAUAUCUUUAGCUAUUCAUUGGGAAAAAUGUAUUUUAAGACUAGGCUGAGCACACAUAUUCAACAAGAGAACUGUAACCUUUCAAGAAUAGUUUGGUUUUUCAUAAUUUUAAUGAAUUCUAUCUUGUAGAUAUAACCUUGUCUAACACAUUAUCUUCAAUAUAUAAUAUGCUUUAAGAAGUAUUUUUCCUCAAGUGAUACAUUUAUAUUAUUAAAUGGUUGCACAAAUGUGUCUUUUGAUAAUUAUUAUUGGAGAUACAGCCACAUUUUAAUUAACCUUUAAAUAAGACAUAAUGACUAAAAAUUGUGAUGUGAAAAACUACUAUAUAGCUAAGAAAUGACUUUUUAUACUAUCACAAAAUUUACAUUAUGGUCAUUUACACCUUUUUAAUAAUAAAUUACACUGUUAAAAAUCUGCAACAUUUCCAACAAAUUUCAGAUCAAUAUAAAGGCAUGAGGAGAAAUGUUUAACAUUUUUUUAACACAUAACCUUAAUAAAAAAUGCUUUUAUUUCCAUCAAAAACAAUUAACAGGAGCACAUUUCCAAACCACACAUAGUUAAUUUUUGGUGAUAGUGAGCAUCUUUACUUUACUUUUAAUAGUCUGUUCCUGACCAGGAUCAUGAUCAGAACAUGCUGAGCUGGUGCAUCCUGAGAUGUGCCUCUUCUGCCGGUGGGAAGUGCCUGGUAGUGUGUGUCCAGCGGCUGAAAUCGUUUCAUUUGAGUUCUCUAAAUUUGGAGAUCAAAUGGUUUUCCUCAGAGGUUCUAUUUCAGCAACCCCCCUAUAAGGCUAUUUGUUUUUGUUUUUGGUCAUAAUCCAGAGAUUGUGACCAUAGGUGAAAAUGAGAUUGACUGAUUAAGUAAAAGCUUUGCUUCACCCCCUCCUUCUAACAUAUCCUUGAAAGUCCUUGUCCAUUCUUGCAAUCAUCUUUGUCUUUCUCAUAAUAAAACUUGAAAGCACUUGCAGUCAUUCACUUGAGGCAGCUGCUGAUAACUAAGAGUAGGAUAUUAUCUUUUGUAUUGCCAAAAUGAAUAUUCUCUGAACCUUAGCUGUGCCUUCAUAUCAAGUCCAUGAAAAGUACAAAAUGGUAAUAAUGUUACUAGUGACAGUUUCAGCUUUCAUAUUUUGCUCAAAUUCAUUUUAGCUUUCAAGCUAAUACCAAAGUACCAUAAAAUAUUUCUAUUUUUUAUGAUAAUUAUAUUUGUAUAUUUUUAACAUUAAUCUAAAAAUUGAUAUUUCAAAAUGAUCAAAUAAAAGAGAGUAAAAUCAUCAAUAUAAACAUUAUAGACUUAUAUAGAUACUGCAAACAUAUGUGCGUUUCACAUAAAAAACACAUGGCGAAUAAUAGAGUUAUGGUUAGAAGAGUUGAUAAUAAGCUGAAGGUACAUUUUUAAAAUCUUCAUUUUGAGCUCAUAGAGUUUUUAUCAAAAACUGAUAAUUUUGGUGAUUGCCCUUCUACAUUGCCUUUAUGGUAAAGUUAAUUUCCAGUAUCAGUACAGUGCAGUGGCAGUAUCUAUACAGCUGUGCUCCCAGAUUUUUAAAUAUUAAAAUCCACUACCUUGACAACAUUUGGAAGCAGCAGUUUUACAGCCUAUAUAGUAUCGAUAUGAAUGUCAUUCUUAUUAAACCAAGAAAA